CAAGAACCCUUCGUGGCUGGUGCGAACCCUCCCAUAUAUGGCGUGGUGCGCCUCUUGCUUUACCCUGACUGAGCAGGAGCUCUCAGAAGUAAGACGAGGAGACCGGGAAGGGUAGGGGGUUUUCCCUGGCUUGGAACGCAAACGACAUGGGGGAUUUUUCACCCAGCCCGUCUCAGCUCCUCUCCGAAGCGAUCAUCUUCUGGAGCAUCGCGAUUGUGCUGUAUAUCGGCAGGAUAACUUCCCGCGUCAUUACAACCGGAUCGAUCAAGCGUUUGUAUUUUGAGGACUAUGUCAUGAGUGUGACAUUUUUGAUCUAUACAACAUUGCUGGUCCUGAUUAUAAUCUCCUCCCGCUAUGCGUCCAAUCUCGUUGACCCGGCACAGUACGAUGAGAUCCUGGCCAACCCACAAGAGGUCCGCGACCGUAUUCUCGGAAGCAAGAUAGUCAUCGGUCUAGAGCAGUGCAUGUUGUUCUCAACCUGGGGCGUCAAGAUCUGCAUGCUGACCAUGUUCUGGCGACUCACACACAAUCUCCGACAAUUGCGGAUUUAUGUCAACGCCAUCGCGGUUUUCAUCGCCGUUGGCUUUGUCGUCAUCAUGGUCACAUACUAUGCCGUUUACUGCCGACCAUUUUCGCAGUACUGGGCCAUGCCAGUGCAGAACCCGCAAUGCGCAACCUACCAGAACUACUCGAUCACGCAGGCCGUCUUCAACAUUUCCUCAGAUGCUGCCAUGCUCGCGCUGCCGAUCCCGCUGUUGCGAAAGGCCCAGAUAAAAAACGGCAAGAAGGUUAUGUUGGCCGGUGUGAUGAGUCUGGGUGUCUUCACGGUAGCUGCUGCGAUUCUCAACAAGUUCUUCAAUUUCGCUUCUCCCCUGACGACCACCUAUCAGUUGUGGUAUAUCCGCGAGUCGAGCACUGCGAUUUAUGUUGCGAACAUGGUCUGCCUCUCGCCACUUCUGAGGAAGGUUUUCGGCUCGAAAAUGUUUCAGAAGACGAAUAGAUUCAUUGUCCGGUGCGACCCGCUCCACACAAAGUGA